AAGAUUGGGACCAUACAAGACUGAAAAUGGUAUAAUUAUGGUAGGUCAAAGACUGGAGCAUUGGUUAAAACAAAAUUGGAAUCAAGAUAACUUUAUCCUGUUACCCAGGAAACAUUUGUUUACUAUACUUUAUAUUAGUCAUUUGCAUAAUAUAGAUCAUGCUGGAGUGGAUGUUACACUUAGUAAACUGCAGACAAAGUUCUGGGUUCCUUCAGCACGUAAAGUCAUCAGAGCAGUGAAACGUAAAUGUGUUACUUGUAGGAGAUUAGAUUACAAAGUUGAAGGUCAGUGCAUGGGUCAAGUCGCUACUGAAAGAAUAACUCCAUGUCCAGCUUUCUAUCACACUGCUACAGAUAUCUUUGGGCCAUUUCAAAUAAGAGACAAUGUGAAGAAAAGAACUACUGGUAAAGCUUAUGGUGUUAUAUUUAAUUGCAUGGUUACUCGUGCUGUAUAUAUUGAUGUUGUUGAUGGAUAUGAUACCCAUAGUUUCUUGAAGACUUUUAGACGUUUCACAGCUGUCCAUGGAUAUCCAGCUACUGUUCAUUCAGACUUAGGCUCUCAACUGGUAUCAGCUAGUAAGGAACUUCAAAUAGCUAUAAAUAACUGGAAUAUGUCUGAUAUUUCUGAAUUUGGAACAAAAGGGGGAUUAAAAUGGAUUUUCAACCGUUCAGCUGAUGCAGCAUGGCAAAAUGGUGUUAGUGAGUCCUUGAUCAAAUCUGUGAAAAGAUCCUUAGCCAUGAUAAUUGGAUCUACUCUGAUGACAUAUAGUGGUCUACAAACUAUAUUUUUUGAAAUAGCAAACCUCAUGAAUGAAAGGCCUAUUGGAUUAAAACCUGGUAUGGAUUUAGAAUUAGGAACUUACUUGUGCCCAAAUGAUUUGCUUUUAGGCAGGGCAAGUAAUCAUGCACCAUGUGGACCAUGGAAAGAUUCUUUCAAUACAAAGAGAAGGUUAGAUUAUAUACAAAAUGUUGUUAAUACAUUUUGGCGUAAAUGGCAAAGAGAUUAUUUCCCUACAUUAAUUGUUAGACAAAAAUGGCAUACUGAUAAAAGAAAUCUGCAGUCUGGUGAUAUUGUGUUGAUACAGGAUUCUAAUACAGUUAAAGGAAAAUGGAAAAUGGGACAAGUUGUAAAAGUAGAAAAGGGAAGAGACACUAAAGUUCGGGAUGUGAGUAUUAGAUAUAAAGUGCAGAAACCAGGUAAAGAGUACAAAGGUCAGUCUGAUACUAUCAUUAGAAGAUCAGUCCACAAGCUGGUUGUAUUAUUACCGGUGGAAGAACAAUGAUUGUGUGGGGGAGUGUAUCAUUAGUUUGUAUUAACUAAUGAUAAUUUAUUCCUUUUUUGUUAUUUUAUCACGCAUGUCCAAUUUCUAUUUUUUUUUAUGUGCUGAGCAUGAUGGGAAAUAGAGGUAACGCAUGGGAAUUUUGAGUCAUAAACAAAGAUUCAUAUUAUGUUUUUGAAGUUGUAUUAUAAGUUGCAGUUUUAUUUUCUUGUUGUUUUGGGAUGCUAGAAUUGUAUUUAGCAUCUUUAGAAGCAGAUAAGCAUAUUCCCAAAAAAGAGAUCUUCUGUUCUAAGUGGAAAACAGGGAUAACACUUCACGCUCACCAGAUGAGGCAAUGUUGUCGAAAUAAAUCAUAAACCAUUAUGACAA